AUGAAUAUUAUAGUUAUUUUUAUAUAUAUAUAUAUUUUAUUUUUAAGCUAUUAUAGAAAAGGAAAUUGCUUUAUUCAUAACAAAAUAAAUUAUGAAAAAUCUCGAAGUUUUUUAACAAAUAGUACAAAAAUAAUACUUAAAAAAAAUGGAUUUAACUAUUAUCAUUUAAAACAUAAGAAAAUUAUAAAGCCAAUAUAUUCCUUGAAAUCAUCUAUUAAUAAUAUAUGGAAUGGUAUAAAAUCAAUAAAAGUAAAAAAAUUCUUAGGGAUAUUUAAAACUGAAGAAUUAAAAAGACAUUUUCAUAAUUAUAACUUAUCUUAUGCUAGUUAUAUUUUUAAUAAAUGUAGAUUAGAUCGAGUAUUGAUAUCAAUCAAUGUGUUGCUUUAUUUAUAUUUAAAUAGAAUUGAUAAAAAUGAAGAAAGGAAAAUAUAUUUUCAUAAAGGUAAUUUAAUACAAGAACAAGAUGAACAAAAAUGUGAAAAAUAUAAAUGUAAUUAUAAUGAUGUAUACAAAAAUAGAAAUUAUAAAACAUUUUUAACUUCUAUUUUUAUACAUAAAAAUAUUUUACAUUUAUAUUUUAAUAUGAGUUCAUUAAUAUCCAUAUAUAGAUUAAUUUCAAAUGUUUAUACAAAUACUCAAAUAUUUCUUAUAUUUUUAUUAUCUGGAUUUUUUUCAAAUUUAAUAUCUUAUUAUAAUCAUUUUAAAAAAAAAAAUGAAGAAAUAUAUCUUAAUGAUAUAAUAGAUCAGAAUUAUAUUAACAAAAAAAUAUUCAAUUUUAAAAAUAAUAAAAUUAUAUGUGGAAGUAGUUCAGCUAUAUAUGCUUUAUAUGGAAUGCAUAUAACUCAUGUCAUCUUUUUCUAUUUUAAAAAUCAUUAUGUUAUUAAUACAUCCUUUCUUUAUAAUUUUUUUUAUUCAUUUAUAUCAUCCUUACUUUUAGAAAAUGUAAGUCACUUUAAUCAUAUUGUUGGAUUUUUAUGUGGAUUCUUUUUCUCAUUCCUUAUUAUCGCCUUUGAGAAAAACUAA